ACAACUCACUCGAAACCAAAACAUAAUCCACUCAAGUUAUUCUCUACACAAAGCCUAUUUUCUCAGAUCCAGUUCUAUAUUUUCUUGAAAAAUGUCACAUUUCCCAAACCAACAUGGUGCUACUACGACACCUCAAAUCGACGAGUACGGCAACCCGAUUCAACACGGCAUUGCUAAGACUGGCCACAUAACCGGCGGCCAUGGAACUGGUGCAGGCAAUGACCACAUAACCGGCGGCCAUGGAACUGGUGCAGGCACUGACCUCUUAACCGGGGGCCAUGGAAAUGGUGCAGGCACUGGCCACAUAACCGGCGGCCAUGGAACUGGUGCAGGCACUGACCUCUUAACCGGGGGCCAUGGAAAUGGUGCAGGCACUGGCCACAUAACCGGCGGCCAUGGAACUGGUGCAGGCACUGGCCACAUAACCGGCGGCCAUGGAACUGGUGCAGGCACUGACCUCUUAACCGGGGGCCAUGGAACUGGUGCAGGCACUGGCCACAUAACCGGGGGCCAUGGAACUGGUGCAGGCACUGGCCACACAACCGGCGGCCAUGGAACUGGUGCAGGCACUGGUGCUGGGAUCUUCGGUACUGGUCAUGCUGGACACCAGGAACCACACACGCUUCGCCGCUCUGGCUCCAGUUCAUCUGAGGAUGAUGGGCAAGGUGGAAGAAGGAAGAAGGGACUCGCACAGAAGAUAAAGGAGAAGCUGCCAUGUGGGCACCAUGAGCAGGGUGGUCAUGCUCAGACUCGUGGAAAUUCAACUACAGCUACUAAUACAGCUCCAGGGGGUGUUUAUCACCAGACUGGGCACCCGGAGAAGAAAGGAAUGAUGGAAAAGAUCAAGGAAAAGCUGCCUGGACACGGGAACACUGCACCAGAAAUGUCGCAACUCCCAAUCAAACUUGGUGCUACUACGACACCUCAAGUCGACGAGUACGGCAACCCGAUUCAACACGGCAUUGCCAAAACUGGCCACGGAACCGGAGGGAAGCACGACAGUGCCCGCACUGGCGCCAGGACCUUCGAUACCGGUCCUGAUGUACACCAGCAACCACGCCCUACGCAUCGCCGCUCUGGGAGCUCCGGCUCCAGUUCAUCUGAGGAUGAUGGGCAAGGAGGAAGGAGGAAGAAGGGACUGACACAGAAGAUAAAGGAGAAGCUGCCAGGUGGGCACCAUGAUCAGGGCAGUGCUCCGAGUUAUGGAAGUUCAACUGCAGCUACUAACACAGCUCCAGGGGGUGUUCUUCACCAGACUGAGAGCCAGGAGAAGAAAGGAAUGAUGGAUAAGAUCAAGGAAAAGCUGCCUGGAAAGGGGGCACCAUGAAUAGAAUUAUAGAAUAGACACACACAUAUAUAUAUAUAAUAUAUAUAUAUAAGAAGGGUAUUUGAAGCGCCUGUAACUUCAGAGUUGGUGUGUGUCUCUGCUUGAGUUUAGAGUGUGUUGCAAUGUUGUAAUAAAUGAUCAAAGCGCGUGUCUUCAAUCUGUGUACUCAUACGUACUACUAUAAUAUAUACAUAUAUAGAUAGUACGUAUACAUAUAUAUAUGUAUUCUAUCAUCAUAUGCUGUAUUUUACGUACUCUCUCUCCAGUAAUAUAUGUUGUGCUUUGAUUAUUA